GAGCCGCAUCAUCAUACAGCCAACCGAGCAAACACCACACAGUCUCUCUCUCUCACACACACACACACACAGACGUACACACACACACACACACGUCACACGAACACAGGGACGAACUAGGAUCUUACACGAAUCGCACGUAUGUAAUGGUGUGCUCGCGAGCUCCAUCUUUUCAGGAUGAAAACUUGGGAAAAGGUGCAUCACUGAGAUCAGUGGGAAUAAAGCGCUUUUUGUCCGAGACCUGGUUAAAGCUUUGAUGCACGCGCUGAUCGCAGAUCAGAUUACAAGGGUCUGUCUGAUCGCAGGCACGCUGUCUUUGAUCUGAACACGGAGCUCGUGUUGGAUCCGGCACGGUGCUCUCUCUCUCUCUCUCUCUCUCUCUCUCUCUCUCUCACACACACACACACACACACACACACUCUGCGGAGGAAGAAACAAGCCGCUGUGAAAUGAGCGAGUGAAGAUACUGAAGAUCCUCCUGGACUACACUACUGAUAAUAAGACCCGGACUCAGGGACACUAUCACUUGUGUGUACGUGAGGAGAACUUCAGCAUGACUCUGGCAUCAGGACUCAGCUGCUUUCCUCUUCUGAAGACACUGUUCCUGCACUUAUUACUAGUUGCCAUAAUGGCAGAGGAAAGAAGAGCAUGCAGGGAGCAGGAAUACAAGGAUCAGUUUGGGAACUGCAUUGCCUGCAGGCAGUGUGAUGCCGGCCAAGAACUAUCAAAGGAAUGUGGCUUCGGCUAUGGAGAGGAUGCCUAUUGUGUGCCCUGCAAGGCUAGCCGCUUCAAAGAGGACCAAAGUUCGCAGAAGUGUAAACCAUGCCUUGACUGUGCCGACCUCAACCGCUUCCAGAAAGCCAACUGCUCCAGCACCAGAAACGCUGUGUGCGGUGAAUGCCUGCCUGGAUUUUACAGGAAAACAAAGCUAAGUGGAUUUCAAGACAUGGAGUGUAUCCCAUGUGGAGAUCCACCACCGCCUUAUGAGCCGCACUGCGGUGGACGUGUGAAUCUGGUGCCUAUCCCUUCCACAGUGACCAGCCCCAGAGACAUGGCACUGGCUGCGGUCAUCUGCAGUGCUCUGGCCACUGUUCUCCUGGCUCUGUUCAUCCUUUGUGUCAUUUACUGCAAGAGGCAGCUCCUGGAGAAAAAGCCUGCAUCACUCAGAUCUCAGGAUGGUUCUUUUAUUGGAGCUGAGCUGGCCUAUAUGGAUCCGCGACACGUUCUGGACUUUCCCCAGCGGCCCUGCUGCUACUGUCAGCACAUCCCUGAGCAAACAUGUGCAGGUCCUGUGCACCUGCUUCCCUCCCUGUGCUGUGAAGACACAUAUGGCCAGAGACUUGGCCAACACAACAGUCCCUUUCAGUCACAAAGCAGUCUGAAUGAGAGACUAGUACAGCAGUCAGUGUGGAACAGCCAGUGUGAUAUGCAACAAGCUACUGAAACUCUUCCUGUGGAGUUCUCCGAGGAAUUACCACUUAUGGAGAUCACUGUAGACAGGACUCACUUCAGGCCACAGCCCACAAAUAGCAUCAACUCUUCCUCUGAGGAAGAUGAGGAGGAAAAUGUGAGCGAGAGAGAGCAGCACGGCUUGCCUUUGGUCUCCACUAAGCUCUCUUCAGAGCUUUUACAGGAUGAAAGCUGUUUAGCAGAGCAACAUCUGUCUACAGUGGAAGGAUGAACUGGCUUUAUUUAACGCACGUUUACCAUAAGAACUGCUCUGGAUGUGAAAAGGAGGCACCGAGGAAGAUGCCAGCUCAGAUUAUGAGGCCACACACAUACACACACAUCCUGAAAGCCAGGUGAUGUGCUCUAUCUCCCCAGCAGCCUGUGGCCCAUGGCUAUCCAGCUCAAAAUCAGACCAGACACUGUACAUAAACAUUAACAUGACCCAUAGAAAAAACCCCAAAAUAGACUGAGGAACCCAAACAAACAAACAAAAAUAUUUGUGCAAUGCCACACUGAAUUGGAAGUGACCUGUAAAGAGUGAUGAAGCUGAAUCAGACUAUUUUUUAAAUUUGCAUACAGGACUUUGACUCUGAAACGAACAGAAGUAUAGAGAAAUGCAGACUCCUGCAAUUUUCUGAGUGAAAAUAUUUUGAAGAGCCAUGAAUGUGUAUUACUCUGUUACAAUUUGGAAAAUCUGAACAUGCAAGACAUUAUUAUUGUGCCAUUUCCUUGUUUUUUCCCCCCCUUGUAGAUACUGUAUUAUAGAAAAUAGAAGGAUAAUAUUUUUCUAAUGUAGAUAGCCCAUGGUCAGUCACUUUUUCAUAAUUACAGUUAAUGAACACUUGCAUUCUUUGUUGAACAUGAACUUUAUUGCUCUUCAUAUUUGUAAAUAAAUAAAGAUCACUGAA